ACAUAGAAGUAGAACAGGCCAAGGCAUGCAAAAGAAAAGAGAGAUAGAAUAGAAGGCCGCUUGCCACCUCAACUGCUAGCUGUGGCUGGUAUGGAGGCGAACAGCAGCAAGUCCGGCGGUCUGCCACCGAGAAACGCUGACGUCUCCAACCCCAAGCCACCGACCCACCCUCCCGUCCCUCCGCAGCGGCUCAGGGAGACGGUGGUCCUCCCGCCGCUGGAGACGCAGUUCCACCACCCUCCAGGCUCUGGCUUCCGCACCGUGCAACAAACCGUGUCAAUGAGCCUGCCGGCGUCCCCGGGCAGCUUCGGCACCGCUACACCCACUGCCGCCGUGACAACCGACUCCGCCGACCUCCGGCGGCAGGCCAUGGCCAACGCGUCGCGCAUGGCGCCGCACCGCCUGGCCGCGCACGGCGCGGGGAGCAGCAGCGUCCGGUUCACGCCGCAGGAGAAGGAGGAGGCCAUGAUGUUCCGGUCGCAGCCCAUCCCCGGUGGCCCACCACCGGCGCGGCUCGCGAGCCGGGCUGCUGGUGGUGGACACGGCGGCCGCAGGGCCAUGAACUGGGAUAGGCGCUACGACUCGUUCAAGACGUGGUCCGGAAAGCUGGAGCGCCAGAUCAACCAUCUGGCCGGCGCCGGCGCCGAGGGAUCUGGUGACGACGGCGAUCUGGACAGUGAUGUCAUCGGCAGCCACCGUACUUGCGCCACGUCGGUGCCAGAGGUGGAUCGCUUCUACGCCGCGUUGGAAGGCCCCGAGCUGGACCAACUCAAGCCGUCGGAGGACCUGGUGCUGCCUGCGGACCGGACGUGGCCGUUCCUGCUGCGGUUCCCGGUGUCGGCGUUCGGCAUCUGCAUGGGCGUGAGCAGCCAGGCCAUCCUGUGGAAGGUGAUGGCGCUGUCGGUACCGACCACGUUCCUGCACGUGACGGCCAAGGCCAACCUCGCGCUCUGGUGCAUCUCGGUGGCGCUGACGUGCGCCGUCACCGCCGUGUACGCGUGCAAGGCCGCCCUCUUCUUCGAGGCGGUGCGGCGCGAGUACUACCACCCGAUCCGCGUCAACUUCUUCUUCGCGCCCUGGAUCACCUGCCUCUGCCUGGCCAUCGGGGCGCCGCGCGCGGUGGCGCCCAGCACCGCGGCGCUGCCGCGCUGGCUCUGGUACCUUCUCAUGGCGCCACUGCUCUGCCUGGGGCUCAAGAUCUACGGCCAGUGGAUGUCCGGCGGGCAGCGCCGGCUGUCCAAGGUGGCCAACCCAUCCAACCACCUGUCCGUGCUGGGGAACUUCGUGGGCGCGCAGCUCGGCGCCACCAUGGGGUUACGCGAGGGCCCCGUCUUCUUCUUCGCCGUCGGGCUGGCGCACUACGUCGUGCUGUUCGUCACCCUGUACCAGCGGCUGCCGACCAACGAGACGCUGCCCAAGGAGCUCCACCCGGUGUUCUUCCUGUUCGUGGCGGCGCCCAGCGUGUCGUCCGUGGCCUGGGCCGAGAUCUCCGGCGGCGAGUUCGGCCACGUCUCGCGGGUCGCCUUCUUCGUCGCCAUGUUCCUGUACGCGUCGCUCGCCGUGCGGGUCAACUUCUUCAGGGGGUUCAGGUUCUCACUGGCGUGGUGGGCCUACACGUCGCCAAUGGCUGGCGCGGCCGUCGCGGCCAUCCGGUACUCCACCGUGGUGGACAACGCCUUCACCAAGGCGCUGUGCGUGGCGCUGUCUGCGGUGGCCACGCUCACCGUGGCGGCGCUGUUCGCGACAACCAUGGUGCACGCUUUCGUGCUCAAGAACUUGUUCCCCAAUGACAUUGCCAUUGCCAUCACGGAGCGAAAGGUGAAGCCCAUCAUGGAGUUGCAGGAGAGCGACGGAAACCAUAUAGAGGCCACCGAUGAUGCAACAGAACCAUGAUUCCAUGCACAAGGAGAUCGGAAGUUAAUUACAACCAACUGUCAUGUACUACUACUUUUUUUUAAUAUUACAUAGUACAAUGCGCACGCAUGUAUAUUCACCCUACAAGAGUACAGACGCAUGCACACAAACACUCUACUUCUAUGAGGAACUCCAUCAAUUUGGCCAAGUCCUUUUACACUUU